UCAAAUAUAGAAUUUUUUUUCGAAACAGGAGCCCUUCUGUAACUAUUGUGAUAUAUUUUUUCCACAUUCUUGCCCUUCUAAUUAAAUGCUGUUGUGCCCAAUGGCACAUAAAAUGUUAUCAUAUCCACUUCCCAAAUCAUUGUCUACUUGUACAAAAUCUGGUGCAUUCCUUAAGCUUCUUUGAACCUGCUUUUUCAUACUGGCUUGUUUUAUUUCACUGAUAAAACCCUAGCAAAGACUAGCAUAACGGGAUUGCAUAGAACAGUCUUAUCUUUAGCCUCUAUCUCAGCCUGCAACAGAUUUUUUCAUCUUGGGGUGAUCUGUCAGUGGAAAAUGCUGAAAUCUAUUCAAUCCUAUUGUGGGGUUUGUCCCUUAGCAACCUUUAAUGAACCCUUGAUGCGCUCCAAGGAUAGUCUCCAUAUUUAUAGUCCCAUGCGCAUUUCAGCACUUGGGGGCCCAUACAUGGGCCUUCAAACAUUGCAGCCAAUCGGUUCCAUCAGAAUCGGGAAAACAAAGCAGAGGAAUUCAAGAUUGGUGGUGCAAGCUUCUUUGCUCAGAUAUAAACAGCCAUUGUUGUGGGCUGGAUGUGCGUGUCUUCUGUAUGCUUUAGUCAGGAUUCUAGGUCCCCAAAACCAAUUUCUACCAGGUAUAGAGGAUGAAAAAUGGAUGCCCAAAUGGCUUAAGAAUAUGCUCUCAAUGGGUUCAGAAACCCAAGUGGCAGAUGAGCGGAGGAAGAUGGUAAGCAAAUGGCAUGUUACAACAAAGGGUACACUCAAACGAAGCUACAGGUUACCCAUGAAAUCAGUGGCUCGCCGUCUCCUCAAGGCCAUUUCUUCUCUUCUGUCUGAUGAUGAUACAUUUAGAGAUGCUAGUUGUCACAAGGGCUGCCAAAUCCGAAGGGAAAAUGCUCAUGGAGAGUCUGUGUGCUGUAACAAUGUGAGAGCCCUUUUUGAUGAACUUCCUACCCCACAUUUGGUGGUAGAGAUAACAGCCUUCCCUCGUGGCCCUCUGUCAGAGUCAGACUACAUGAAGGCUGAGAAGAUUGAGAGGAUUCUAAGAACUGAGGCUACCAUAUGAAAGGCAUCUCCUCAAUGCAAUAUUUUAUGCAAAUGCGGAUAAUGAUUUCUUCUUCAUCUACAAACAAAUUUCUCUUUUGUAUGUAUGUAUAUGAUGUUUAUCAGUGCUCUUGUAUAACAUUUUCUGAGCAAUCCCAGAUGCUGCAUAAUGCAAGCAUCCACUUUUUUGUAGGUUGCAAACUGAUUUGUAUAUCAUAAUAAGUCAUGAUUAACUUCAGAACUUGUUAUAUAAAUCACAAGCUUUUGGUCAGUUGAUUAAA